AUGUCUCAAAUCGUCGAAUUAGGGUGGAUUCCUGUCAAGCAGGACUACGAAAACUUACCUGCAACUAAAGAGAUAAAGGAACUUCACUCUAAAGCCGUAGGCAUUACCAACCUUCUGGCCCAAUGGGAGAGUGUUCAAGGACCCGGCGGAUUGAACGACAGCCCUUGCAAGAGUGUUCAUUUAGCCGCAGUCUGGAGUUCCGUUGAAGCUGCAGAUGCUGCAAAACAAUCUCCCGAUGGCCAAGCAAUGAGAAGCCUUUGGGGCCAAGUCAUCGACAUGUCUAGUCCAUCAGGUCCAGUUCUACCUUGGACCGGUUACUUCGAUCUAAAGGGCGACGACUUUGCUAAAGUUGCGGAUGCCAAGGUCGUCCUCCUUACUGGGUGCUACCUCUCCGUCGACGUCGAUGCUGGAGCUUUUCAGGAAAAGUGGCAGUCACUUAUGCGUGCCCAAGCUAGCUCUGGAGGUGUCACUAAAGGGUAUGUCGCAGGCGCACAUGGUUGGUCGAUUGGCGAGAUUGUUCACAAAGGUGAAAAGAAGAAGGUUUUCAUGGUUGCGACUGGUUGGGAAAGUGAAGAUGAUGUGAAGGCCGUCGUUGGUGGAGACAAGAGCGCCAAGUUUGAGGAGGCUUUAAAGGAUUUCAAUAUGCAGCAGCAACAAUAUGUCUGCAAUGGUAUGAAUAAAGUCAAGUAA